UAAACUACGUAUUUCUCCUAAGGCCAUCUUAGGAAUAUUAUAGGCCCUGAGCUAUACAGUAUUUAUUUAUAGACAGCAAGCCCUGGCAUACAUGGAACAGAGUUGGACAAUUGUACCCGUGAGGUUUCCCAGUGUCAGUUGUGGCGCUUUUAUUUCAGGAAUGAGAAAUGGCCGCUGUGCUCGAUGCUCUUCUCGACGGCGAAUGUGUCCCGUUGCAAGUUAUCCAAUGGAUGAAAAUGGAAACGCAUCAGCCUCCAUUACCUGAGGUUCUUAUUAAUCUUCAUUGUGAAAAAAAGGAAUUUAUCCCAUACUUUCUUAACUAUUUAAGAGAUCAAACUUUUCAUUUGCUCCAUAACUCUAAAUCAGUAAGCCCUUCACCUUCGAAAUGUGAUUCCAGCACACCUGUGACUACUUCAAAAAGGUCAAGGUCAUCUUGCACAAGAACUCAGUUAUUUCCAAAUUCAGAUUUUUGCAGAAAUUCAGAUAAUUAUGCAGAAAAUUUCCCAAAAUUAAAUGCAGAAACAUCACCUGAUCAUUUGGGGACAAGUAUGAAAUCAUAUCUUUCAAAUACAACCUUGACUACUGUUGAAAAUUUAACAAUCCGUAAACGUUCAAAGAAAGUUCCAAAUAAAAAGACAUCUUACCCUAUUGAAACAGCAGUGGACAACAACAAAGAAGUUCACAUUAAUUCAGUCAACAUUGAGAGAGAUUCAUCGUCAUGUUCAUCUUGCAAAUUGUCCAAUCAAAAAAAGCGUAACUGGAAAACACCACAUAAUGAUAAAAAAUGCCAAAACCAAAAACACAAAUUGGAAAGCUCCGGACAUCCAAGAAAUCAAGUUUUAGCAACUUUUUUAGAUCAAGCUGUUAUUACAUACCAAAAUUGUAUGAAACCAUCUCGACGAAUUAAACCUACUCCAGUGCAAGCAGGAAUGGAGCGUAAACAAAACCAAGCUUUUAUUGAAUCUUCAGAAAAUAAAUGCAAUUCUAUAUCUUUAAGAAAUGAGGAAAAUAAACAUAAUGGAUCAUCGACAAGUUUUCAGGAAGAAAGAGCUUUGUUAAAAAUAGAGAAAGCAAAACUUCUUGAGGCUACAAAUGUUCCCUGGAAUAUUACACCGUCUUCCUUCAACCAUUCACCAAUCAAGAAUUCAAAUGUUGAACAAGGCGAGAUGAUUGAAGCGAACUUGUCUCUUGUUACUAACCACCAAAAACUCGACACUCUUAGCAAAAUCUAUUCUGAGUGUCUUUAUGCUGCACUUUUUCCCAGUUUGACUGUAGAGAUAUUUUUCCUUGUGCAGUUGUUAGUAGCAAAAAUUUCAGAAAAGGCUGUUACAGAUUCUACACCAAAUAAUUGCUCGGGUCACAACUAUUUGAAAAAUAUCCACAACAUUGUGUACUUCAGUGUGCAAGUAUUGCAGAAUUUGUUACCGUUGCUGCCAUUAUUAGGGAAAACUAUUUUAAGAUUACUCUGUGACAAUCCUAGAAUUGGACAUUUUUCAUUAUCAUUGAAGAGUAUUUUAUGUCAACUUCAUGAGACUGAUUGUUCUUCAUUACAGAUGUCUCCUGUUUUAUUGCAUUGUUCUAUUGGAGGAGUCCCAUUCCAGGCAGAAACAGACAAUCGUAAUAAUUUUCCUUCACCCAAAGCUUUUUCAACUUUUAGAGCACAACGGGAUCAUUUUUAUGAGCUUAUACGUGAAUGGAAAGACAAUCAUGAGAAACCACAGUGGUCACUAACUUCCAUGCUGAAUAAAAAGAUGCACUUGGUUCUGUCACCUGAUUCAGAAUUAGCAAAUUAUUGGCACCUUGCCAAAUUAUUUGUUUCACAGCUUAUCAUUAUGUACCAUGAAGACAAUAACAUGUCCCUUGAAGGAGAUGAAGAUUCAAUUUCAUUUUUGUCACAGCUCAGAAAAUCAAAUCCGGAAAAAUUCAAACUGCUUCAAGAAAGAUUUAUAAUUCCACUUAGUACAAAUGGGCCUAGUCCAGCCCCUUCAUUCAUUAAUUCUCAAGAAUUUUUCCAUGAUUUUAUAAUGUUAGCAAAUAGUCAUAUUUUUAACCAGCAUCUCUGUGAUAUUUUGAAAUCAAAAAUAUCUGAGUUGGAUAAAUCUCAAUUUCUAACUAUAGAAAAUGUAACAGAAGAUGGGGAUGUUCCAAAAACAGUCAAGAAAGAAUUCAAGUCUUCUAUGUUAACCUUAAGGUUACUUGCAAAAUUUUUAGGUUUUAUAACAUUUCUGCCGUAUCAGUCUGUCAACAAACUUCCAGAUGAAGUGCACUCUACCUAUGUGAAUAUAAGAAAUAAAAGUGUUCCUUCCUGUGAUACUCUGAGUUAUUUGAAAGAAGCAUCUACAAGAGGUCGCCUGUGCUUAACCAUUCCAUGGGUUGUAGAAUUUUUGAGUUGGAUUGAUAAAAUGUCACCCUUACUUGAUUAUUAUCAGGAAAUAUUUCAUGAAUUGCUCUACAUUCAUCGGAAAUCUUGGUACAAUAUGAAAGUGAAAAUAUGUCUGGAAACUCAAUUAUUUAUUAUCAUUCAGAUUGAAUGGCUUUUAGGAAUUCCGAAUAUGCCUGAAGGAAUAUUUUUUACAUUCUGUGAAAAGUCUCAAGAGUGUGAAAUUCCUGAAAAAUGUUUGGACAAGAUGAAUGUUGUAGACCAGUCACUAUUGCAUACAUGCUGUCCUUAUUUAGGUUCUAUAAAGACUCUUUUAUUAGAUUUUGCAAUAGGAUCCAGUUCUAAAGCCAGUACUCUUAGAAAGAUUACCCCCAUAGCUGCUGAUGAUUCUGUUGAAUUUUCUUCUAGGCAUCAAUUACAGCUUCAACUUGAAGAUAACUUCUUUCAUAAUCACCCAACAUCUUUAAAGAAAACUGUCGACUUUAUAGCCAAAAGAAUGGUAUCUAACUUCAUCAAGUUAUUUAGAAGUCGAAAACUGGAGAGUUUACUUCGGCAGAGCAGGAAUACAUUUACUGAAACCAUGGAGCAGUGCCUUGACCCUGCAAAUAUUCCAGAAUUUAAUUAUGAAGAUGUUGAUGAUUUAAAUAAAGAUUUUAUGCAAGGUGUUCAAAAGUAUUUGAAAGAUGAAAUGAGAAGUUACGUGGAGAGUAACGGCAGGAAGGUGAUCCAGGUGCUUUUGGUGGAUUAUAAUGAAACUGUGAAGCUGUUCUCACUUAAAAUUAUUGUUCGCCUGGCUGAAGAAGGCAUUCACCAAUGGAUAGCUGCUAAUAUUACAAAAGCUUUCUUUAUUGGUGAAAUGAGACAGGAAAGAAAUAAACUUUUGAAAAAUACUAAAGUACUUGUGGAAAAGUUACCUUUACCUGAUACACAUGAUUCUUUCUGUCGGCAGCCAUCGGAAAUUCUUGUAGAAUUGAAGGACUUCCUCCGUGAUAUAUUGUUAGAAGAAUCAAAGCCAAAUCUCGAAAAAAUAACAACAACCCUACAUGAAGCUCAGAAAAUGAUAUUAAGUCGACAGGACAUAACUGUUGGUGUUGUGAAAACCUUAAAAGACAUAACAUUGUAUUUGGCCAUUGAACUCAUUAUUAACUAUCCUGUAGACUGGGGUGAAGUAAAGAAACUGUUCUUCGAUUUUUGGAACAAUCACCUUCGAGAUAAGAAUUCAGAGUUUGCACUUGAUUAUGGUAAAUUAGAAAGGUUGUUGUACAAAUCUCCUAAAAAACAGUUAUCUCAGUUUCAUCUUGAAAACCUGAGUGCAGCAAUACUGGGACUCCCUGUCAACUCGUGUAUUGUUGAUGAGUUAUGAGGUUUGAACCUGUUUUGAAAAGUGUAAAUACCAGAUAUGAUUUUGAUGAAGAUUGUUAAUGAAAUGGCUCUGCAAAAUUAAAUUGCAGUAAUUUGGUUCUGUGGUAGAAUUUUAACAAAAUUUUAUUAAAUCUAAAAGACUUUUUUUAUAGUGGAACUCAAACUUUAAAUUGUUCCUUCGGAUGAAAAGAAAUUUUAUUUUCUCCUGUUUAGCAGUGUUUAUGAUUAUAUUCUAUAUUUUUAUAUUUUUCCC